GUCCAGAUCAGCGCUCGCUCUGGGCCAGACCCCCUGACACGCAGCAGCCAUGAAGAGGCAAAACGUGCGGACCCUGGCACUCAUCAUCUGCACCCUCACCUACCUGCUCGUGGGCGCGGCGAUUUUCGGCGUGCUGGAGUCGCAAACGGAGACGAGCCAGAGGCGAGAGGUGUCCCUGUGCCGGGCCGAGCUGCUCCACACCUUUAACUUGUCCGCGGGGGACUUUGACAAGCUGGAGAAGGUUGUGCUGCAGCUCAAGCCGCACAAAGCCGGGGUGCAGUGGCAAUUCGCCGGCUCCUUUUAUUUCGCCAUCACUGUGAUCACCACCAUAGGGUAUGGUCACGCUGCCCCCAGCACAGAUGAAGGGAAGGCGUUCUGCAUGAUCUAUGCCCUCCUUGGCAUCCCUCUCACCCUGGUCAUGUUCCAGAGUGUGGGCGAACGCAUCAACACAUUUGUGAGGUUUCUUCUCCAUCGCCUGAAGAAAUGCCUCGGAAUGAGGCGGACGGAGGUUUCCAUGUUCAACAUGGUGACGGUGGGUUUUAUAUCCUGCAUGAGUACGCUAUGCGCGGGGGCGUUGGCGUUCUCUCAAUUUGAGGGAUGGACCUUCUUUCACGCUUUCUACUACUGCUUCAUCACUCUCACCACUAUCGGCUUUGGGGACUACGUGGCGCUGCAGAACGACCACGCUCUGCAGACCAAGCUGGACUACGUGGCCUUCAGCUUCAUCUACAUCUUGACUGGCCUGGCUGUGAUCGGAGCCUUCCUCAACUUAGCCGUCCUCCGCUUCAUGACCAUGAACGCUGAGGAUGAAAAAAGGGAUGCCGAGCAGAGGGCCCUACUGGCCCAUAAUGGCCAGGCCGGCAGACACAUGCGCUGCGUGACGGACCAAGCGUCCCCUUCCUCCACGGCGUCGGGAUGUGGCGGAGGAAGCGGCGGCGGAGGAGCGGCCAGCCGGGGACUGCGUAAUGUUUAUGCCGAGGUUCUCCACUUCCAGUCCAUGUGUUCUUGCCUCUGGUACAAAAGCAGAGAGAAGCUGCAGUACUCCAUCCCGAUGAUCAUCCCACGUGACCUCUCCAGUUCUGACAUCUACAUGGAGCAGGGAGAAUCCUUCUCCAACCCGCUUCACUCCAACGGCUGUAUGUGCAGUCUGCAGCCCCACUCCGGCAUUAGCUCCGUGUCUACGGGUCUUCACAGCAUCAGCGUGUACAGGAGAUUCAAUAAACGAAGAUGCUCCAUCUAGGCAUGAUCUUUAGCCCACUUGAAUUUUACCUGUGGUAAAAGAAGCAUGCCAGCUCCGGACAUGGAGGAGACAACUUCAGAGUUGAUACUCCCUGGUGGUGAUGUCCAAGCAGUCUAGGCUCCAAACACUAAGCACAAGUCAGCCUCUAAGUCAGGCAAGAGGUUAGCCCGUCUAUCUCGCAGUUUUGAGGUUGGGGGUCAAGCCUACCUGUGGAUCUUGUGCAUGUUCUACCCAAACCAUGCUUGAAAUAAGAAAAAAUAUAUUGUUCUCACGUUUGAUCAAUGUCCUUCUCAACCAAAAAGGAUUUGUGGACCUUGGAUGAGCCACAGUUAAAAAAACAAAAACAUUAAUUAAAAAUGUUAUGACAAUGGCACUAAUUGAUACAAAUGAACAUUACGUUUGUUAAACAGACACUGAGAUUUUGCUGGUAUAAUCUUUAAUGCAUAUGAUUGGUGGAGAAAGAAGAAAGGGGGUAGGAGGUAUGUUAAUAUCACCUUUCUUAAAUUAAUAGACUGUGUAUAUGUUGUACACAUUAAAAAAUGUGUAUAUACGUAUUUGAACACCUUAACUGUUUUUUCAGUAAUUGUACUGAGUGUUUUUUCCUUUGUGUUAUGUUCAAGACAAAUUUUUCAACCGGCUUCGUCCUUUGUUUAUCAAAGAUACUUUAUGUUAAAGUUAAGAAGGAUUGUUGCAAAUCAAACAUGGAUUUAUGGGGCAUUCAUGUUUCAACCCCUGGCCCUUGCCAUCCCUUCAAUCGGACCUCAGAGUUUUAUACAAAUGUAUUGAUUCAAUCUUUUCAGUUUCUUCUCGUCAUCUGACUCUUGUGUGUACUUGUUGCUUGUCAAUAUGUUUUCUGAUAUCGUAGUUGUUGCAUAUAUACUUACAUAUCGAAUUCACUGCAGCACCUUAGAAGAUUGUUGUCUGCUUUUGAACACUGGAUGUCAGUGCACAUUUGUUUCUUAUUCUACAGAAACCAAAUUGUUUUGUUUUGAUUUAAAACAGACAUAUGCUUUAGUGUUGAUAAGAGAUUAUCAUAAAUGGCCUCUGAGUUCGAAACUCAUGCACUUUGAUUAAGUAACACACUUCAGACGAUUUCAGGUUUUCAUACAGUGUCCUUUUCCACUUCAGCCCUGUGAUGCAUUUGAUUGCUAUAGUUUGAUUUUGGUUGGUUUUACAAUGUUCCACUAAAGAUUUUCUUUCGGACGCAUUUGUAUUUUUCUACAUACAGACACAGACUGACAGCUAAAUAAGGUUGAACUCGAUGAUAAAUUGCAGUCAAUAAUGUGUAU